ACAAAAUAACAUUGUUGUUGUUUGACACAUAGGUUUUUGUAUUUUGUGCAAAGUGAAAAAUUUUGCGCUGCGCUUUUAAAGUGUUUUUACACGCUGCUAAAUAUAAAAAUUACGCAUUUGUUUGUCAAAAAACACAGCACUGCCUAUAAUAAUGGCGGAUCCAAAGUUCGAGAACUUGCCGGGAAUAGCUUAUGACCAACCCGAUGUCUAUGARACGCCCGACAAUGGUGAGCCCGAUACAUCAGAUUACUAUGAAGAGGAGGCGGAUAAUGAGUCCAUCGAGCGCAUGCACAUCUCAACGCGCGAUGCCUACAAUCGUUUUCGUGGCGCUUCGCUUGAUGGCAGCGUAGACUUUUCUGAUCGCAUUGGCCGGCGUCUAUGUAAAGGUUACGAUGCGCGCUCCGGUGAGUAUGAGCUAGUUGGUUUGGGUGAAAAGGAGACACCAGUGCAGAAAUGCCGACGUCUACAAUGUGAAAUGAACGAGUUGAUGGAUGAAGUGGCAGCGCUGCAGGUGGAUCGCAAAAUUGCACAGGAAGAAAAAGAUUCAUACGAUGCUGUGGCGACCGUUAUUGCUACCGCAAAGAAAGUAUUAGACUCUUUACGUUUAGAGCAAGUGCUGGGCAAGGAACAAGCACCGUCAGCCGCUGAUAAGGAAGUUAAACAAUUGAUUGGUCAAGUGGAGGAAUUCAAAAAAUCGGGACUCUUAACCGCUAUACCAACACCGGGCACAGAUUUGGCUGCAUCUGCACGCAUCGCUAAGCUAGAGCAUCGUUUGCAUCAACUGGAACAAGCUAUUGGCGCACAACCGGAGAAACUCAGUCGUCUUACCGCCGUUACGAACACAACAAACGUAUUGGAGGCAGUGCAUCAGCUUAGCACAAAAGCAGCACUGUUACAACCCGAUAAGUUGGAUGCCAUYGAGACGCGUCUCACUACACUCACCGGUAAAAUGGAUGCAAUUGCCGAAAAAUCKAGUGGUUCUGCUGAUGAUGCGAAACGUGAUCAAAAAGUCAUCGAACUGUAUGAGAUUGCGAAACGUACGGAGCCGGUGGCUGAAAUAUUGCCUGACAUAAUUGAACGUAUGCAAGCGCUUGAAUCUUUGCACAAAUAUGCUAUGAAUUUCGCUAAAAUUAUUGCUGAAAUCGAGGAGAAACAAACUACAAUUGCAACCAGCUUGGUAAGCAACAAAGAACUGCUACAUUCAGUGCAAGAAACAUUUGCACAAAAUCUGGAAACCAUGAAYAAGGAGGUCGCCAAAGUAGAAGAGCGUGUACAAGCGAUUGCGGGCAAGAAAUAAGUCAUAUAUAAAGCGUUGCACACACAUUUUACUCACUGAAGCAACUGCUUAUAUCUAACAUAAAUGAAUAAUUUAAUUUGUUUACAUAUUCUCAAAAACGCAAAGUAUUGUAAUUCACUUUUAGGUUAAACAUUAACUGUGAACUUUUCUUUAGUUGAUUUUAAAUCGGCAUUAARUUGCAGCAAACAUUUUUAUGUCAGUAAAAGUUAAUGUGCUUUGAAAUAAAUUGAA